GGCACCUGGACGCGGCAGCGGCACCACCGCCCGCCCGGGAGGAGGCGGAGGCGGAGGCGGGGGGGGAGCGGAGCGGAGCCGCCGCGCGCUGCCGCAUGUGCCUGGAGCGGAGCCGGAGCGGGCAGCGCGAGCCAUGGCGGAGCAUGGCGCCCCGGCGCCCGCCAUCCCCAACGGCGAGUGCGCCGCCCGCGUCCCCGGCAACAAGGUGACCGUCGUGCUGGGGGCCCAGUGGGGCGACGAGGGCAAAGGCAAGGUAGUGGACCUGCUGGCGCAGGACGCCGACAUCGUCUGCAGGUGCCAGGGAGGCAAUAAUGCAGGGCAUACAGUUGUUGUGGAUUCUGUGGAGUAUGACUUUCAUCUUCUGCCAAGCGGGAUCAUCAAUCCAAAAGUCACUGCAUUCAUUGGAAAUGGUGUCGUAAUUCAUUUGCCAGGACUCUUUGAAGAAGCUGAAAAAAACUUAAAGAAAGGAAAAGGGCUAGAAGGCUGGGAAAAAAGACUAAUAAUUUCUGACAGGGCUCAUAUUGUAUUUGAUUUCCACCAAGCUGCUGAUGGCAUCCAAGAACAACAGAGGCAAGAACAAGCAGGAAAGAAUUUGGGAACUACCAAAAAAGGAAUUGGUCCAGUAUAUUCUUCAAAAGCAGCUCGAAGUGGACUCAGAAUGUGUGAUCUUGUUUCUGAUUUUGAUGAAUUUUCUGAGAGGUUCAAAGUGUUAGCCAAUCAGUACAAAGCGAUAUAUCCUACCUUAGAGAUAGAUAUUGAAGGGGAAUUGAAAAAGCUCAAGGGCUGCAUGGAAAAAAUAAAACCAAUGGUAAGGGAUGGUGUUUAUUUCAUGUAUGAGGCUUUACAUGGACCACCAAAGAAGAUCUUAGUAGAAGGUGCAAAUGCAGCACUGCUGGACAUUGAUUUUGGCACAUAUCCUUUUGUGACUUCAUCAAACUGCACAGUUGGAGGUGUGUGUACAGGUCUGGGCAUGCCACCGCAGAAUGUCGGGGAAGUGUAUGGAGUUGUGAAAGCAUAUACAACAAGAGUUGGAAUCGGUGCCUUUCCUACAGAACAAAAUAAUGAAAUUGGAGAAUUGCUGCAAACGAGAGGUAAAGAGUUUGGCGUUACCACUGGUAGAAAAAGAAGAUGUGGCUGGCUGGACCUUGUGUUACUUCGAUAUGCCUACAUGAUUAAUGGAUUUACUGCAUUGGCACUUACCAAAUUGGAUAUCUUGGAUGUAUUUCCAGAAAUCAAAGUUGGUGUUGCAUACAAAUUAGAUGGUGAAAUCAUACCUCAUUUUCCUGCCAACCAGGAAGUCUUAAAUAAAGUAGAGGUUCAGUAUGAGACACUCCCAGGAUGGGAUACAGACAUAUCAAAUGCAAGGACAUUUGAUGAGCUGCCUGUAAAUGCACAAAAUUAUGUUCGCUUUAUAGAAAUGGAGUUGGGUGUUCCUGUUAAAUGGAUUGGAGUAGGGAAAUCCAGGGAAUCAAUGAUCCAGCUGUUUUAAAGAUUUCAGAUGCAUGGAAGAAAGCACACUCCUCAAAAGACUGCUCAUUCUUAAAUGCAUUAGUAGCCCGCAAAGCAAAGAUGUUGGAAAGAUAGAUUUUUGCAUGGAAAGAAAUGCUAGAGUUGAUACCCCCAAAUCAAUCGCUACUCCUGAAAGAGACUUUUAACAUGAACCUGUAUCAAUUCUUGUUCUACUGCAAUUUCCAGGACACUUGUCAUUGUUGUUCAAGGUGCCAUCACAUUAUUUUUUUUUUCUUUACCUAAUAUUUACUUCAUAAUGUAAUUCCUGUUUGAAAAUCUAAAGUAGCAUUACUUUCAUGACUGUUUGUCUUUGUUAUCCUCUCUCUGCUUUUGGCGGUGUUACUUCCCUGAAAUUUUAGACAGUAAAAAUAAUGCAGUUUUGCACAGAUAGUUUUACAUCCUCAUUAUUUGUAUUCCUAAAGCUGUUGUAUUCUUAAUGGCUGCUCUUGUGAGUGAUUAAAGAGGGGGAUUCUGAUUUUAUAAUGCUAUAAAUGCUGUCUAAAUUAUUGUGUGAUCUGUUUUUUUUAAAAAAAGGAUGUGAUACCAAGUUGUUAAGAAUGUCCAGGUUUUUUUAGCUGUAUAACACAGAAACUUACUCUUUGUAACUCACAGAGGAUACUCAAGUGUUUACCAGGAAGUGUGCCCAGAAAGUUAGAAAAUUGAUAUUGUAAAAAGUUCAUUUGCGAUUAUUAAAGAAGCGUUCUGAUUUUGAGUUAAA